AUGGUGACAGCACGUGACGAUGACUUCUCGUCCGACUCUGAAUCAGAUACACCUGCCGUGAGCACUCCAGCCACGAACGGUGCCAACGGCGUUGUCAAGAUAACCAACGGCCUCACCAUUAACGGCAAAGAGAAAGCGGUUGAGGAGCUUUCGCCUGCCGAAGUCGGCAUGCGAUGCGGCCUUAAGCAUUUGUACUCGGGAAAAGAAGAUAAGAAAGGCCGCUUCCAGUGGCAGGACUCCAUCCCAGAAGAUCUCGGCGACCCGGCCGAGGAUGCAGAGACCGCCAAAUGGGCCCUCCUCGUGAGGCAGGUCAAGGUCUACAAUGAUCCGCGGAAAGUCCUUGCCAUCCACUCCAUUGUGGUGCAGAGCCCGCUGCUCAGGAAACUCCUAGGUCACGUGAUGAAGGACUACCCUGGCGUCACCGUGGGUCUACAGCGAUUGGAGUUCUCCGGCAAGUUCGAACCGCUCAUUCACCGAUGGACCGAACUCACAGAGGCUAUCGCGAAGCUUGGAGACUCGUCCGAAGAUGAGAGGCAAACGAAGAAGCAUGCGGAACUGCUGCAGCAGCUACUCCAAACGGAGUUCAAAAGCUUGACGGAAGCGUCUCAGGACAUGAAGUCCAAAGGCGUGAUGACCUACGAACAUCUGUGGACCCUCUUCCAGCCAGGUGCCCUCAUAUACACUCGCCAAGACGGUCACGAGACGGUCAUAAAGCUGCAGGAGACAAGAUAUGGCCAAGACAACUGCGGAAAUCCAUGCUUUUGGCUAAUAUGCAAAUACAAUGACUGGGACGGUACAAAGUUCGGGACCGUUAAACUGAACCUCAAGAUCUACCCGUACACUGGCACGCGUGCAAUUGCCUCUCUGACGGCUUUCCCACUGGACUUUCACCGCCAUAAGGAGGAUCUCACGGCGCGCUUGAUCGAACGCGGUGGCAAAGCUGAAGCCCUUGCGGGCUCAAACUAUAAGGGCUACCAUGGCAUCGGCUGGAUGUACGGACAGUUUGGGACCAAGGACAAGUACAACAUCAAAGGCCGCAUCGUGAUAGACACGUAUGGUUGGAACCGCUUUAACCCGAACUACGCAAUCCAUGUGGCUGCUCUUAGCCAGAAGGAAGUGGUAGCGUCCACCGACGACUGCGAAGGCAACUCGGAAGAUGGCGAAGAAUACGAGGAAGAGUACGAGGAAGACGAAGGCGACAUGCCCUCCGACGGGCACUUCGCCGACGAAGACGACCAAAAUCGCAGGCCGCCCCUAACUGACGAGCAGAAACUCAUGCUGACGCCUCUGUUGCGUGGCUACAGCCUAAAGACCAAGCAAUGGCUCAACUUCUUCGUCAACUGCGUGCAGGAGAUUGACUGGAUGGAGGGCGCCUUCGACAGCCUUGUCCUGCCCGCCAACCAGAAGGAGCUCAUCCUCGGCUUCACAGAGUCGCAGCGCAAGUACAAAGGCUCCUUCGACGACGUCAUCGAAGGCAAGGGCAAGGGCAUCAUCCUACUCCUCUGUGGCCCUCCCGGUGUCGGCAAGACUCUAACCGCCGAGUCCGUGGCCGAAGAGAUGCGCGUCCCGCUCUACAUGAUGAGCGCCGGGGACCUCGGCCUCGAUCCGCGGAACGUGGAAAGCAAGCUGCAGAAUAUCCUCGAGAUGUGCACGCGCUGGGACGCGAUCCUGCUGCUCGACGAAGCCGACGUGUUCCUCGAGCAGCGCUCGCUCCACGAGCUCGAGCGUAACAAGCUCGUCUCCAUCUUCCUCCGCAUUCUUGAGUACUACGAGGGCAUCAUGUUCCUCACCACCAAUCGCGUGCAGACCUUCGACCCGGCGUUCCAGAGCCGCAUCCACAUUUCGCUCGACUAUCCAGAGCUGUCCAUCGAGUCGCGGCGGACGGUGUGGAAGAAUUUCCUGCAGGCGCAUGACGCGAGCCUUGCGGCGACGACGGGGCGGAAACACCGUAUCACGGAACGCCAGCUGGACUCGCUGGCGCUGAUGAAUAUGAAUGGGCGGCAGAUCAAGAAUGUGCUCAAGACGGCGCAGUUGCUGGCGAGCCGGAAGGAGGCGGAUCUUAAGCAUGAGCACGUUAUGAUCGUGUUGGAUGUUACGCAGCAUUUGCACAACUCGACCCGCGAGAACGAGAGGACACGCAGCAGCAUCUUCUGCUGA